UGAUCAAUUGUAUCCGGUGGUGGCUUGUUGGCCGGAUAACCGGAUCACGAUCAGAAGAAAUAUCCGUGAACCAAUAAAAUUCAAGAUGGCGUUUUACCACACUGCCUGUUUUGUGAUCGCUGUAAUGAUUAUUUGUAAUGCCAUCUUAUAUCCGACAAUAUUUAGCUCAAUUUUCCGGAGUUGGUUUGGGGGAACACCACCAAAGCAAGAAAAAGAACAAAUGCCCGAAUACCCCCCUCAUAUGAGGCCAAAUGGAGGAAUCCGAGGUGGCGCCGGGGGCAGGAUGAGACCAUCUGGAGCUAAACCUCCCACGCCUGGAGGGGGACAGAGUUCAGGUGGGGUCGAUCCGUCGAAUUUCAUGGGUCAACAGUCACAGGAGUCGAAAGGGAGAGGCAUGAUGGGUACUGUACUUCCUGUUUAUGCUGUUGGUAUCUUCAUCUAUUUUGGCUAUGUGAUCUAUAAGGUUUUCCUGCGUGACAAGCCGUCCACCCCAUCCAGCAGACCAACCUGGUCAUACCCCGAUGACAUCACUCAGCAAGAAGGACCAACCCUCCAGAGACAGCAACAAGAGAACCUACAACGUAAACUAGCAGCAGAACUAAAGGCUGCUAACUAUGCCGAGUUGAAGAAGAGUGAUCGGAGAGCUGCUGAGGCCGCCGCUACUGCUGCUGCUGCGGCAGCGAUGGGAGAGAUAGCGCACCCUCCGGCGCCUGGUUCCAAUGAAGAAGUUGAUAUGCUGAAGAAACGUUUAGAAGAGACAGAGAAAACAAUGCAACGAAUGAUGGAUAUGAUGAACUCUAUGGGCGUAGCUAUGAGCCAAGUUUCUCAACAUCUUUCAAGUGAGAAGUCUGCAUCGCCUACCAUGAUGCCCGACUUCAAUGACCCCAGAUUAACCAAGGGCGCGGACAACGAAGAUGACCUCCUCGACAUCGAUGUCGACGACCUCAGUGACGAAGAAGACCUCAUCAUCGGCGACAGCAUGGAUCCCUGUGGCAGUUCGGACGAUGAAAACGAUGUCGGCACGAAGAGGGAUGAUAUGGGUGACGAUGUGGAUAGGAGACGGCCAAACAAGAUGAACAUUGUUGAUGUGGAGGCGGAUGAUUACCAUGACGACGACGACGAUGGGGAUGUUGAUAGUGAUGAUGAGUCUGAAGUUGAGAACAUCGGAGUAGAGGAUGUUUUGACAUCAGACACGCUAAGACGGAGGAAUGUUAAAGGGGACGGAAUAGAAGGUUGAUCUUCUCUUUUUAUGUAACCAAGUGAUUUUAUGCCAUGUUAAAUUAUUUUUUACUGUAAAUAAUACAUGUACAUUACAUGUGUGUACAUUAUUUAUAGUGUAUGUACAUACAGUUGGUUUGUAUAGGGAUAGAUUUCAUGCAUUACAUAAUGGUAGUCAUAGACUCUUCGCUAGUCAUGUCAUGAACUUUUAAAAUCCAGAUAACACUAAUACACAUGAUCAGGGCCCCGUUUCAUAGAACUUGUUGUGGUAACAAAUUUGCAAUAACAGUUAAAAGCUACUGAAAUGCUUCAAUCUGAUUGGCUGGUAGUAAAUUUGUUAUGGAAUGUUUGCAUUUGUUAUUAUAACAAGUCUUAAUGAAACAGGAACAAUAUGUCAUCAGGUUGAGGUUUAGAGACGUUAUCAUUGCAUCAAUCUUUUAUGGAGUGCCAGUGGUAAGCUCAAGUACAGAUCUGUUAAAUGCUGCAGUACAAUACCAUGUAUUUUUAAAAAAUAUCACAUUUCCCAUGAAAUAAGAAGAAUAAAAAACAGUAUUGAGCACAUUUGGUGCAUUCUCUUGAUCAGAAAAUGACAGAAAUGCUGAUUUUUAAAAGUUUGAAUGACGAUAAACCCUUGCAUUCCAUAGAAGCUUUGACUUGGGUUCAUGUUAAGUCUGAACUGUACCCUGGUUAAAGGACAAGUCCACCCCAGCAAAAAGUUGAUUUGAAUAAAAAGAGAAAAAUCAGACAUGCAUAACACUGAAAAUUUCAUCAAAAUCGGAUGUAAAAUAAGAAAGUUAUGACAUUUCUAAGUCUCGCUUAAUAUCACAUAAUAGUUAUAUGCACAUCCUGGUCGGUAUGCAAAUGAGGGAACUGAUGACAUCACUCACUCACUUUUUCUUUUGUAUUUUAUUAUUUGAAAUAUGAAAUAUUCUUAUUUUCUUUUCGUUGUCUUGUGAAACAAAGGUUUAUUUCUCACUGAAAAUGUGGAGUUACCAUUAGUUAACAUUAUAUGGUUCAGUCAAGUCGGUCCUUGACUGUCAAAUCUGUAAAAAUUGAAAUAUUGUAUAAUUAAAACAAUAAAAAACAAAAGAAAUAGUGAGUGGGGGACAUAAUCGAUUCUCUCAUAUGCAUGUGACUAAAUUGUGCAUAUAACUAUUUUGUAAAAAAUAAGCGAAAUUUCAAAAUGUCUUAACUUUCUUAUUUUACAUCCGAUUUUGGUGAAAUUUUCAGCAUUAUGCUUGUCUGAUUUUUCUUUGUUGAUUCAAAACAACUUUUUGCUGAGGGUGGACUUGACCUUUAAGUUAUGAGUCAGAAUAAGUUAACCUUACAAAAGGAAAUGAACAUGAUAAAGUAAAUCAUAAAGUCAUGUGUAAUAUUUAAAAAAAAAUAAUAUGAAGAGUUCUCUUGCAUACAUUUCAUAUAAAACGUUGUAGGAAAGGAAAGGGGCUAUUAGGCAAUCAAAAUGUUUAAUUCAAAAGUUUGUUUUUGUUUUCAGCAAGUAGCAGUUGAGUUGUACAGUCAAACCUAUGUAGAGUGGUCACCUAAGGGAAACAGCAAAUGUAGCUACUACAGACAGGCGGCCACUAUAGACAGGCUGGCUGGCGGCCAUCAGAUCUUGAAGUUACCGUGCAUUAUAGAUAGACUGCAAUGUACUGAUCGUACAGGAUGUGUUUUUAAUGAGUUGCAUGUAAGGUAUUUUUUAAUAUACUAUUGCAUACAUGUAUCUAUUUCAAUACAUCAAAUACAUGAUCGUAUUAUCAUUAACCAUGGACCUACUACUCUAGAUCCAUGAUUAUUCUAAGAGUAAGAUUCACGGUUAGAUUCAAGGACUAGCCAUUCAGCUACUGUCAGAGUCAAAAGUUUUGGUGAAACUGAUUUUUUUAGUGGCCACUAUUGAGGGUGGGUUAUUGACCGAGGGACGCAAAAUAAGACGCCGCUGGCCGCAUUAGACAGGUGGCUGCACUAGACAGGGUCUACAUACAUGUAUUUCCUGCUCGGGAAUUUAUAGGCCCGUAUUCUGAACUCGGAUUUAAAUUAAACCAUGGUUUAAAGUUGUGGUUAAACUAUGGAGAGCCAAGUGGGGCACAAAUCCCUAACAGUACACAUUCAAUUUAUUAACUCGCAUGACGCCCAAAUUGUUCAUAAUUGUCUGGGAACGAUAAGUGACAUAUUGUUCUUCCGUAUGAAAGUAAAAGGAAACAAAAUAGUAAACCUAAGAUAUACAUGUAUACAAUAUAAACAGAAUUUUUUAAUUUUUGGCUCCCAUAAUUUUAGCACAGAGUUAAAUCGUGGUCUAAGUUAAACCUGACUGCAGAAUACGGGCCUAAGUGGCCACUAUAGAUCGGUGAGUGUUCAGACAGGUUUUACUAUAUUUGUUUUAUAGCACUGUUAGCAACACAAGAACUUUCAAUAUAUCAUCUUUCUUCCUACAUGUAUUAUUCAUCAAAUUUAAAUGCAUCAUGCUAAAUUUAAAUGUGUGUAAUAUUUGUAAAUAGUACAUUGUAAUUUAUUUAUUAACAGUAUGCUUGUAGGAAUUUGCCAAGUUCUUGUGCGUCCUUUUUAAAGUGGUUCGCAAGGACGUGUAUUCUUUUUUAAAGUGGUUUGUUUUUUGGUGGUGGAUUGUUUUGUAGGGCUUUGCUGACUGUGCUUUUUAUAUUUGGGUUUGUAAAUGUAUUAACAGGAUAAGCACAUUAUUUUUAAACAUUUAAUUAUUGGUUGGUGAUAGGUGUGUAGGAGAUUACUACACCACGGAAGAGCCUUGGUGUAGUGGUUCUGACUCUCGCCUUGUAAACAGAGGGUCGUUUGUUCGAAUCCCACCGCCCUCUAGCGUCCUUUGGCAAGAUGUUGAUCCACACUUUGCCACUCUCGACCCAGGUGCUAAAAGGGUACCCGGUAGGAUGUGAAAGUCAUUGUAGCUUGUCCAGUACUGUGUGCACCUCAAGAGCGACUGACUGGAAUACUCCUCAGGGAGUGGAGGAUGUGCAUACAUUGUGUGCAGGAAUGACUGAUUGAAUCUGAUGACCGGGGUAAUAAUAUAUCUGUAUUAACACUUAGACACGUCGUUCCGAAGUAUUAAAAGCUACUUAAAAGCAGAUUAUUGUCAUUAUUAUUAAAACAUGGAUGGUUCUAAGGGUUAAAGUGAUUUUCAGAAUACAGAUUUAAGAUAUUAGCCAGCUAUCUCACUGAGACGAGACAAAAGAUAUUACAAAAACUAGACAAUAUUCAGAAACCAAAUAAAGGCCCAUUUGCAUGAAAACAAAGUUUGUUGUUUUCUAGUAGCCUUACACUCCAAAAGUAUUAUUUCUUUUUGGUGUGAAACCAAUGCUAAAACAUGGAAUAAGCUGAAAAUUCCAAGAUACAAUCUUUGUUUUAGCUAUGUGAUACGCAACCUCUUACUUUGUACAAUAACAUGCUGUAAAAUGUGAAAAAGAUAAUUGAGAGUUGGUUCCAUGUGUAAAUAUCCUCAAAGGUAAACUUUGAAUUUCAAUUAAGAAUCACCAGUAAAAAAAGGGGAGUGGAGUGGAAUGUCAUUACUCUCCUACACAAAAUAUUACAUUCUUCAUUGUAUAGGUGUUCUGUCCAUGUAAUUCAGAUUAUUGAAACUCUACCAAAUCUUUAGUCAGGCUUUAAUUAUUCACUUUUGAACAAUAUCAAACCCAUUUGAAUUUAACAGUGUAUUCACCCUUGCAAUAUCUAUUUAGAGACCUGUCCUGUGUGCAAAUGAUUGAUAUUUGGUUAUAUUUUGUGUGCAAUAUUUUAUCAAAGUUGUUAUGGAUAUUUUACUAUGUAGUAGGGUGCUAUUAACCUUUUGUUGUUCUAUAUUCCAAUAGGUCUAGAUUAUUUGCCCAAACCAGGGCCCUGUCUUACAAAGAAUUGUGAUUGAUCUGAUCAAUUUUAACAGUGGAAAGCCAUCAGCACCAUGUCUGUUCAAAUUAUUUUCCAAAUUUGCAUGAAUCUUCAUUGUAACAAUUCAGAACUUUUCUGCUCUUUGCUUACAAAGGGACAUCGCAUAGAUUUCCUGUAUGAAAAUUAAUGACAUUGAUGGAUUUCAAUAUUAGGUUGAUUGGAUCGAUCACACGUCUUUGUAUAGUAGGACCCAGGACCCUGUCUUACAAAGUGUUACGAUUGAUCCAAUCAACCACAACUAUGGGAAGCCAGUAACGUCAAUAUCUGCAAUGCUUGUUUUGAAUGUAUUAUAGAUUCAUUGUUGUGUUGUCGAUAAUCUGCAUGCAUCCUCUUGAUUUACAAAGGACAUUGUCAAAAUUGCCAGUGGAAAAUUAUGACAAUGAAUUGAUUUCCACAGAGAGUUGACAUUGAUCGGAUUAAUCACAAGUUCUUGUAAGAUGGGACCUAGGUCUGCGUUACGUUUUGAAUUUCAUGAAGAACUUAAUGUUUACGUGUAUUUACGCAUUUAAAUAGGUAUGUAGAUACAACUUGGACACUCAACUUGAGAUAGGUGGGAUUGUUGUAGGUUCCCCUGAUUGGUAAGAUGGGGGCUGUCUUUGAAAGAUAAAGAUAUUAUAAAAAAGGUGGAAUUCUAUGGUCAUUCCUCUCAUAAAGCCCUGGUUGUGGUCCGUUUCAUAAAGAGUUAUGACUGUGGUAACUUUGCCAUAAUGGCAACUACCAUUGAAACCUUGAUUUGAUUGGCUACUGAGAAAUGAAACGGGCCCAAGAAAUGACUGGUGACGCUUUCUUGUAAUAAAUGAUAUAUCACUAUGUACCUGAUAUAGCACCGAGAAUGUGUUCCAGUCAUCAUAAAGCUGUUUGUAACUUGAUGAAACACCCACCUGGGCCCCCGUCUUACAUAGAGUUACGAUUGAUCCAAUUAAUCCUAACUCUGGAAAACUAUCAGGGUCAUAAUUUUUUUCUACGGGAAAUUUGCAAAAUUUGUAAACAAAGGAGAUCACACCAAAUUGUCAAGAAAUCAAUGAAUGUAUGGAUACACAUUCAUAUGUAGGGAAAUUUUUUAGCAAACAUGCAUUUUAUAUGUUGACUUUGUUGGCUUUGUGAUUUAUCGGAUCAAUCACAACCCUUUGUAAGACGGGCCCAGGCCCUGUAAACAUAAAGCUUAGCUGAUUUUUACGAUUGCAUAUAUUGUUGUUUAUGAUCAGUCAUUAGCCCUAUGAUUGAUCUCUAAGAUUUAUGUUAGUGGACGAGGAGGGGUUAAAGCACCAGUGAUUGCUUCAUGUACUUGGUUAAUUCAUUUUCAAGGAAUCCUCUAAAAUGGUAUAAGCAUGAGUUAUGGUUUCAAAACUAUUUUCAUACAUGUAGUUUCAUACUAUGAUAUCAUUGGGAAGUAUUUUUUUUUCUUCGUAACAAAAAAUCUGAGCCAUAACAGGCCUAUGCUUCUUCCUCCUACCCAAGAACCUUCAAGGACUGGAACAACCUCCAACAGGAUCCAGCCCAUUACCAUCUGUUGAUGCCUUCAAGGCCUUCUUGAGUGGGAUGCAGUCCCACAAACAAGAAAUGUGUUUUACUUACACAUGUAUAUUUAUGUACGUGUACUACAAGAUCAAGAGCUUUUAUUAUGAAAUAAUAGUAUGUGAAAAGUCACGCACACACAGCCAGUGCAUUGAUGUUCUACAUCUUGAAGAAGCUAGCACUCACACUGGAAGGAGAAAUGAAAAAAAAAAUCUUUAAAUCAAAUUGUCAGCAAACUAUCUUUUAUUGGAAAAAAAGUACUAUUUAAUGCAGUGCUAUCAUAUUUAUUAUCAUAACUAAUGGAAUUGUGCUUAUGUUAUAUCGUAAUAAUAAUAUAGGGUAUUUAUAUUGCGCACAUAUCCACCUUGUUAGGUGCUCAAGGCGCUCCUAUAUAUCAUGGUGUUGGUGUUGUUUUCAUUUAUAACCUUUCAGUUAGAAAUAAUAAUUGAAUGCACCUGAAAUUUUAUAUUGAAAUCUGGUUCAUGGCCGAGUUUACAGGAUGUGAUAUCAAUAUAUUACAGAGGUUGAAAUAAUCAUAAUGAUUAGAAUCUUGUUAAUCAUGACAAAUGCAUUUCUUGUUCAGAUUCAGAUUAUUUGUUUGAUUGGUUUAAAUCAAUUAACAAAUUCCUGUCAGAACCAUGAAUUACAAAUUUUACUCACUGAUAACAAUACUUUCAUGUGCUGUGCAAUUCAGGAGUGUCAUAUUCCAGGGAAUAAUUUUGCUUUACAAAUUUGAAUUGCAUUUUUGGUAAUAGGAGGAAAGCUCUCAACCGAGUAAUGUAAAGUCCUAUGUACCGUAAAAAUAUGCUAUACAAAAGACUUUAUGCUUAGCAGUCUUUCAAAAAUGUGGAGCAAGUUGUGAUGCGAUAACAGGAAAAUUAUUCCCUGUUUUCAUUUAUGUUUUACAUUUUGUUUUUCAUCAAAAGUGAAUUUCGAUCAUCCAAUUUCAAUUCUGUAUUCAGUAACCUUUGUAUGACAUACAUGUAAACAUUAAUUUGUUCUCUUUUGCAUCUGCUGUGGGUUUGUGUAUAAAUUAGCUGUUCUAUUUAUUUCUUAUAACUUUGAUAUCGUGCUACUCUUAUUGGACAUUACUCGCAAUAGCAAUAUUAUGUGUCGUUAGCUUUUUUAUAUUAGUACUAUUGUGCUUUGCAUAAAGUGAUAUUGUGAAGAAAGACAUUAUCUUAAUGUUA